AUGGAAGCAACGGUGGCUGUUAUUGGAACUUGCGAUACCAAGCUAACAGAGUUGCUAUUUCUUCGCGAUGAAAUCGAGAAAAAUGCUGGCACCAAUGCCAUCCUGAUCGAUGUCGGCAACAAACCCACCCCCAACGACAACAUCUACCUUUCUGCGUCGGAUAUACUGUCAAAGUAUAGCCCGGGUGUUGAUAUUUCUCAACUGACCCGCGGUGAAUUCAUUGAAAGGAUGUCUGACUGUACGGCAAAAGCUGUCCAAGAAUUGUAUGCCAAUGAUUCUAUUCAUGGCAUUAUUUCUGCUGGUGGCUCUGGCGGGACGGCCUUGGCUUCAACUGUAAUGCGCCUUGCUCUUCCCAUAGGGUUUCCGAAACUUAUCGUCUCUACUAUUGCGAGUGGCGAUACAGGUCCAAUUAUCGGAGAAACAGACAUUACUUUAAUGUACUCCGUAGUUGAUAUUGCUGGGUUGAACCAGCUUCUUCGUGGGAUUUUAGGAAAUGCAGCAGCUGCCAUCGCUGCAGCGGCCAAGUCGUACGCGAAUCGAGAAAUCAUUCAGAGGGAUAAAUUCAACUCUAAAAAGCGCGUUGCUAUAACCAUGUUUGGAGUUACGACACCGGGAGUUAAUGCUAUUAGGGAUUAUCUGGAGUCUAACUUUCCAAUCGAAACAUACGUCUUCCAUGCUACCGGACACGGCGGCAAGGCCAUGGAGCGCCUUAUACGAAAUAACCAAAUAGACGCCGUGAUUGAUUUAACGACGACCGAAAUUUGUGACCUGGUAAUGGGUGGAGUAAUGUCUGCUGGAAACGAAAGACUCGAUGCUGCGACAGCUGCUGGCAUUCCUAACAUUGUAUCACUUGGUGCAUUGGACAUGGCAAACUUUGGAUCCAAGUCGUCAGUGCCCGAGAAAUACAAAAAUCGUACUCAGGUACAGCACAAUCCUAUAGUAACACUUGUUCGAUCGUCCGCCGACGACUGUAAAGCCGUGGCUGAGUUUAUCUGCCAAAAGCUUAAGAAAUCCGUCAAUACCACUCUAACACAAGUAUGGGUACCUAAGGGCGGCAUUAGCAUGCUGGCAGUUCCUGGCGGCCCCUUUUACGACGAGGCCGCAGAUGCAAUUCUCUUUGGAACUAUAAAUACAAUGCUUGAGGGUACAGGAAUUAAGGUGGUAGAAGAUCCAGGUCAUAUAAAUGACCUAGAAUUUGCAAGGCGAGUUGCGAAAGCCCUCUUACAGUUAAUGCAAUUCUCUGAGUAG